GUUUUUACCUUACUACUACUUGAACAAGUGUGACUCUAGCUAGGUUUUAGGGUUCACUUCGCCAAAAAUGAAGGAAAAAAAGCCUUUUUUGAUUGUGAUUCUUAUACAAGCAAUAUAUUGUGGCAUGUUCUUGCUGUCCAAGGCUGCAUUAGAUGGUGGUAUGAACAAUUUCGUGUUUGUUUUUUAUAGACAAGCUGCAGCAACUAUUUUCUUAGCUCCUCUCGCCGUAUUCUUUGAACGGAAAAAGGCGCUGCCCCUAUCAUUGGUGACCUUCUGCAAGAUCUUUCUUCUUUCUCUAUUUGGGAUCGUUUUAAGCCUGGAUAUCUAUGGCAUAGCUAUUGUUUAUACAUCAGCAACAUUGGCUGCAGCAAUUACAAACUGCCUUCCAGUCAUAACUUUUUUCUUGGCAGUAUUACUCAGGAUGGAGGUGUUGGAGUUGAGGACAAUUGCGGGGGUUGCAAAGCUUGCAGGUAUACUAUUCUGCAUAGCCGGUGCAGCGACCCUUGCUUUUUACAAGGGACCCCAUUUGAAAUUCUUGGGCCAACAUCACCUCUUCGGUCACCCUAAACUUGAAGAUCACCUUGUUCAUCUUCCGUCGAACAAAGCGUGGAUAAAGGGCUGCUUCCUCUUCCUUAUUUCCAGCACCUUUUGGGGUCUAUGGCUUGUUUUGCAGGCACCAGUUAUGAAGAGCUACCCUCCAAAGCUUCUCUUCACUACUCUUCAGUGUUUUUUGAGCUCCAUUCAGUCAUUUGCCAUUGCCAUUGCUUUUGAAAGAGACCCUUAUCAAUGGAAGCUGGGUUGGAAUGUCAGACUCCUAGCCGUAGCUUACUGUGGAAUUGUGGUGACUGGCUUGACAUACUACUUGCAAGCAUGGGUUAUUGAGAAGAAAGGACCAGUUUUCCUUGCCAUGUCUACACCAUUGGCUCUGAUCAUGACAAUGUUCUCUUCCGCAAUUCUCUUAGGCGAGAUCAUUAGCUUGGGAAGCCUUCUAGGUGGCCUCUUGUUGGUUGGAGGGCUAUACAGUGUUUUGUGGGGGAAAAGUAGAGAACAGAAAGUAAAUGGUGGGAGUAGUUUAACAGUUGAAGAAGGAGACAAAGAAAGUUCAGAACUAAAGGAAGAAGUGGCCUCUAAAAAUCCACCACCUCUAUUUGUGUAACUUAUUGCCCAAGUCUUAUAGUUUAGUUUAGUUUAUGUUUUUUUAGGGGGUUCUUGGCAACGCAAAGUUGGUCAAGUUCCCAUAGGUUUUUAUCAAGAUUGUUUCUAUGUUUGUAAAAUUGUAACGUUUUUUCGUCUUCUUUCUUUUUUUAUUUUUUGAGCUAUAUGUGUUUGUAAUGCUGAAUUAAAGCCUAAAGAAUAAAUAUAAUAUGUACUUAUGGUUUUUAGGAAAA